AUGAACCAGUGCUUGUGUCCCAGAGGAAGUGAUAAGGACCAGUGCUUGUUUCCCAGAGGAAGUGAUAAGAACCAGUGCUUGUGUCCCAGAGGAAGUGAUAAGAACCAGUGCUUGUAUCCUAGUAGAAGUGAUAAGAACCAGUGCUUGCAUCCUAGUGGAAGUGAUAAGAACCAGUGCUUGUAUCCCAGAGGAAGUGAUAAGAACCAGUGCUUGUAUCCAAGAGGAAGUGAUAAGAACCAGUGCUUGUGUCCCAGAGGAAGUGAUAAGGACCGGUGCUUGUAUUCCAGAGGAAGGGAUAAGAACCAGUGCGUGCAUCCUAGUGGAAGUGAUAAGUACCAGUGCGUGCAUCCUAGUGGAAGUGAUAAGUACCAGUGCUUGUGUCCCAGAAGAAGUGAUAAGAACCAGUGCUUGUAUCCAAGAGGAAGUGAUAAGAACCAGCGCUUGUAUCCCAGAGGAAGUGAUAAGAACCAGCGCUUGUAUCCAAGAGGAAGUGAUAAGAACCAGUGGUUGUAUCCUAGUGGAAGUGAUAAGAACCAGCGCUUGUAUCCAAGAGGAAGUGAUAAGAACCAGCGCUUGUAUCCUAGUGGAAGUGAUAAGUACCAGUGCUUGUGUCCCAGAAGAAGUGAUAAGAACCAGUGCUUGUAUCCAAGAGGAAGUGAUAAGAACCAGCGCUUGUAUCCCAGAGGAAGUGAUAAGAACCAGCGCUUGUAUCCAAGAGGAAGUGAUAAGAACCAGUGGUUGUAUCCUAGUGGAAGUGAUAAGAACCAGCGCUUGUAUCCAAGAGGAAGUGAUAAGAACCAGCGCUUGUAUCCCAGAGGAAGUGAUAAGAACCAGCGCUUGUAUCCAAGAGGAAGUGAUAAGAACCAGUGGUUGUAUCCUAGUGGAAGUGAUAAGAACCAGCGAUUGUUAGCCCAGAAGAGGAAAGCGAUAAGAACCAGCGCUUGUAGCCUAAUUGGAAGUGAUCAAGGCGUACCAGUGCUUGUGUCCCAGAAGAAGUGA